AUGGAUGUUAUGAAUGUGAUAGAGGAAGCUAAUAAACUCAAAGAACCAUUCCGAGCUUUGAUGGAUUUUCUAUUAAUCAAACAAGCGACACCGAUACCACCAUAUUGUACCGCUCGCGAUUACCUACAGGCGACAGUAUAUGUCCUUGAAGCCAAGUUUGAUGAAGAUACUAGAAAGACUGAUGCCCUUUUGCCAACUCUUAAAGGACUAUUUCCCCGACAGGUAGUUUCUCUUCCCGGUCCACCUCUAGAGCCCAUGGGUGGUUGGUCCAUGGCUCAUCGAUUUUGA